ACUGGGUAAACGUUGCAUGUCCACAUAACCGUCUUCAACAGGCCUGUCUCUUCCCCCUCAGAAGAGUUCGCUUAUAUCUCCACACAAGCGUCCUUGAGCCUCGCGCUCACUUACACAUACAGCAUGCACUCGACGCUGGUGCGGCUGCAGAAUGUCUUUGGCUUCUUUACUACGGUGGCUUUCACAGUCGCGACCGUGAUUGCGCUUAGUAGUCUGAUUACACCACAAAACCCCACCGCCAGCAUAUCGCUACGAAAUGUGCAAGUAGUCAAAGGCAGGCCGCAUUAUUACUCGCCAAAGAGGGAGGAGUAUGCGCACAUCAAGUUCGACCUGGAUGCCGAUCUCACCAGCCUCUUCAACUGGAACACCAAGCAACUCUUCGUCUACCUCAAAGCCGUCUACCCCUCCUCCCGCGCUGGAGAGCCCCCCUCGGAAGCCAUCAUCUGGGACGCCAUCAUCGCAUCCACUUCUGCACCUUGGCACCAGAACCACUACGUACACCCCGACCCCAAGUCGAAGCUCCCCAAGCAAUCAGCCAAGAAACGCGCGGCUGCUAAAGAAAAGACACCAUCACCAUUCCCCAUUGGCGAGCUCCACCUCCAGAACCAGAAGCCCAAGUACCAGAUCACAGACAUUACCGGCAAGCUAGGCAAUAGGACAGAUGUAGUGUUGGAACUAGGCUGGAAUGUGCAGCCCUGGGUUGGCGCGCCAACAUGGACGAAUUGGAACACAAUUGGCGUUUGGAAGGGCCUCGAGGGAGGCAGAAGUAAGGCGUUUGCGUUUCCCGAGGUGGGUGCCAAGGCAGCGAAGCCCAAGGAUCUGGAGACAGAGAAGGGUGCGGAGGGCUAUAGGCUGGAGGUUGGUGGAGAGGCGCCGCUCAGGAAGGCUGUUUCAUAGAAAGGGGUUGUUAGGCGAUAUGAAGAUGGGUUCGAUCGAAACUAGAAAGCAUUGAGCGAUGAUUAUGUGUGCCUGGAAGGAGUUUAGGGUAUGCAUGUCCCUCUUAAAUAUUUGUGAGAAAAAAAACUCUUCUACAUAACCAAAACUCUGUACAAGAUCACAUUUCAAUGCUGUCUGAUUGUUUUUG